AUGGCUUCGUUUCAAGUAGAGGCUACUGCUACACGCCACCACCUAACCCCUCCAGUUAAAGAGCCCACCUUCAAGGCAGUCAACUCAACUCCAGAUGAGAACACUGUUUCCGACGCUGAGCAAGAAGUUAUCACUUUUGACGCUAGUCCCGUCGCUAGUGGUUCUGGCGACCAUGCUUCCAUCCCAGACGUAGUAUCCAUCCACGAGCUUGAGAAAAAAAACGAUGAAAAUUGUGACGAAGGUAAGCUCAUCAAUAUCCCGUCCAUGUCGGAGUACGAGUCUAAUGGUAAAGUAGACACUGUCCUAAACACUAUCACCAACAAGGAUAAUGCAAAGGACAAAAAUGUCAUCCCAAUCGAUAAUGCUUCUAACGCAAGUCAAAAAGACGAGAUCAUGCCUGGUACCGAAGAAGAGUCCAGUCUUCCGGCAACCCCAACUCCGCCUCCAGCUCGGAAGCAGGACACUCCCGCCGGCGAGCAAUACAACGGCAGCACGGCCGGUGAAGAGACUGGUGAGUCCAGCUCCAGGGACGGUUGGCGCCGUCAGCCUAGGAUAUGCGCCGCUGAACCUAAGUGCCCAGUGACUGCUCAGAUGCUGGAGGAGCAUAUCGCAUACCGUCUUGCACAUAUCAUCUCCGCGAACCUUGCUCCAGGCUGUAAGAAAGUCGAUCCAAAGGACAUGCUGAAGGGUCUUGCUCAGUAUCCAGUUGUCGGUGACCUCUUGAACCAUUUCAAGCUCCUCGGCUGGUCCGUGGAUGCGAACGUGGUCAAGGCACUCAAGAACGAUCCUUAUGUGCUACUCAAUGUCACACCCGUCGCCGGACCCAACGUCACCCGCAACGAGCUUCAAGCGCCUAAGCCGCCACAUAUGGGAGUUAUUCGUCUCUUGUACAACGAAUUGUGCGCUACGAUUAACGGCGAGAACAACGAGAAUUUGCGCAAAGGUCAAGCUAGGGUCCUUAGCAACAACGUUGCAGACUUCUUGGUUUCUGGAUUAAGUGCAAACCAGAUCUUUGAUAAACUUCGCAUGAAUGGUUACGAUGGUGUGAACUUGAAGGAGAUCAAAGAUGUCAUGGCUCGGUAUGAACGCCACCUUACCGGUAUGAACUUUCGAGAGGACGAUCCAGCAUCCGACUCCUGUGCCUUGGAUAGCCCAUCGCCUGCCGCAAGCGAACUCAAAAAGGUCCGCAAUAUUCCGCAGACUGCGAGCCUGCGAGGCACGAUUCGUCGCCAGGGUAAUACAGGCCAGAGUGUUGCUCGUGGUUUCUCUCGGCAGCCUCGUGCCAAUAGUAAAGCCCCAAGUGAGGCCAAGGAAGCUGUUAGCAACCCAGAACAGAAUGCCGCUCAUGGCUCGUCUCAGCACCCUCACGUUAACGACAAUGCCCCAGCUGAAGCCCAGGAAGCUGUUGCAGAGGCUGUUACAGAGGUUGUGACAGAGGACGAAAAUGAGAGUGAUAGCGACAGUGGCGAUGACGAGAUUCCGUCUAGCCUUCAUGGCAGGCAUGGGAACCUGGUUAAGGACGAUUGGGUAGCCCAGUUUAAGGUAGCUGCUACUCCACCGGGUGUAGCUCCCGCACAGAACGCCCUAGUCAAUGCUACAGUUGCCAGACCUCCAGUUGCCAGUCUUCCAGUUGCCAGUCCUGGAGUUGCUGGUCCUACAGACCUCGCCGAGCAUCCUUCCUGCCAUAGCCCUUCAGAAUACGAGACUUUUGAGCCAUCCAAUGAGCUCCCGGGUCGUUAUAAUGUCCGGUUUAAGAUGACCCUUGCCAACGGCCGCACCAUUGAGCAUCUCGAUCUGCUCCCGGAGAUGGACAUGGAGGCUGGAGAAGAAGAUGGUUCCUAUUUCCUGCCUUGCAAUGAGCACAUCAUCCCAACAGUCAGCAAAAAUGAUGAGUCGCUCUGGGUUAAGGAUCCUAGUGUCCCAGAAUGGCCUGGUGUCUAUCAUCGCCAUACCAAGAAGCGUGGAGUCCUCACCGCUAAGCCUCACUUCAUUAUGCGAAAGUUCACCUACCCAACAAACGUAUAUGAUCAGCAAUACAAGUAUGGCAUGUCGUGGGAGAGCUUCGGAGAUGACAAGCAUGUGGGCGGUUUCGACAUCAACAACCGCAAACAUGUCCACCACUACAACCGGUGGAUUGGCCAAAUUCGCGCUCGAAAUGAUAGGAACUACGUCAAGCGUGACAUUCGCAAGUGCUGGCAUGACCAGGAGCUCAUAGCACUGCGAAAGCAUUGCAAUGACGAGAUCGAAUCCCGAGGUCUCAUCGAUUGGUACAAUAACAUUAACUUGGCUAAGGUUACUCGCUUGGUCAAUGAAGCUCGUCUGAAGUAUAACCCAGAAGCUGACCCUCGCACCGAGAGCGGCGUUCAGUCUCAGGCAGACCGUGACACGUAUGAGCCUAGGACUCGGGCGGGUCCCAAGAUUGGUGUGCCUUGGCCUCUCGGUCCGGAUGGCAAGCCAAAGCAAGGAAUCAAAGAGAUGAAAGAGGAGGCUAAGCGCCUGAGUGAUUUGCAGCGUCGCGGCGAGGAGAUCGAGGACAGUGUUCUGAAACCAAAGAACCCGUUGUCUUUGGCAGACUUCCCUCGAAAGCUGCCAGGCGGAAAGUCUCACUUGCGUCAGAUACCGCAAACGAAAGUCGCUACGGAAGGCCCAGUCAAGCAUAAGCGAGGUGCCAUUCAAGAUGCCGUCCAGGAUGCCGCACCGGCGAAGCGCAAGCGAAGUGCGGGUGAGGAUGAGGUCUCAAAGGAGGACGAGCACCCUCAAAAGCGGCGAAAUUCCGACGGCAAUGAGACCACCAUGGGGGAGAACACCAUGUUGACCGAGUACACCGAGGACGAAGUUAAGGGUGAGGAUGAGGACGCCAUCAUGACUGGAACGGAUGAUGGCAGCGCCUCCCCCACUCACAGAUGGUAA